CAGGAGGUGGAGGAGAAGAACCGGGAACGAGAGCUGAAGGCUGCUGCUGACAGUGUCCUGUCUGAGGUACGGAAGAAACAAGCAGACACAAAGAGGAUGGUGGAGGUCCUGCGUGCGCUGGAAAAGCUUCGGAAGCUUCGGAAAGAGGCUGCUGCCAGAAAAGGUGUUUGUCCACCACCCUCAGCAGAUGAAGCGUUUGAAAAUCAGGUGGAGAGUCUCAAAACAUUGCUCAAAACUCGCACAGAGCUGUAUGAAGCUGAGGAGAGAGCAUUAAGGGUCAUGCUGGAGGGAGAACAGGAGGAGGAAAGGAAGAGGGAAAUGGAAAAGAAACAAAAGAAGGAAAGGGAAAAGCUACUGCAGCAGAAGCUGGAAAUGGAUUCCAAGCUGUUCGGAGAUCCAGCUGAAUUCCCACUUACCCAUCUAUUGCAGCCCUUCAGAGACUACUACUUACAGGCUGAGCAUUCUGUGGCAGCUCUAAUCCAGAUCAGGCAUGAAUGGGAUCAGUACUUGGUGCCAGCUGACCACCCUGAAGGAAGCUGCAUCCCUCCAGGAUGGGUUCUUCCAAGUCUCCCCACCAGUGACACUUGGGCCACUGCUGUGAGAUAAUUUAGUAAUAAAUUCCUGGAAUAUUGGAGGAUUGUUUCAUUAUCAUUACAUGUGUAAGCACGAGAGGGCCUGAAGAGGAGGUCUCAUGCUCUCUUUUGGCAUCCAGGUACUGGAAUGUCUGUUCUGGAAUGUCUUGAAGAAAAGUUUAAGAACUCUUCUUGGUGUCUGACUGUGCAGGGAGUUAAUCUGAGUGAGCCCAGAGCUGCCAGACUUCUCCUGGUGUGGAAUUACAGUCCUGCUGCGAGCUGUUGUUACAUCUCAGUCUUAAUAAAGGAACAUUGCUGACAGUGGU